GUGCUGCAUGGAUGGGCACGGUCCGUUUGGCCAGCUCGUGGCAACGACAGCAGUCCAAAGCCUGCCGUAUCUUGUCGCCCUCAGCAAUUUCGAGGCUGCCGACAUACCGAAGGUGCUGACCCACGCUUUCGAGGAAGUGCAUUUCAAUGUCGAGGCAACGGCCCUGGUAGAUCAGUGGUCCACAGAGACCAGCGGCUGCACUGCGGUCGCCACUCUCUGGAAGGGGAACCAGGUUUACAUUGCGCACGUUGGCGACUCCCGCUGCGUCAUCGGAAGCAAGUCCCAAAUUCUGCAUGAAAGUGCUGACCAUAAGCCUUCCAAUGCAGUCGAGAAGCAGCGCAUCGAGGAGAAUGGAGGUGAGAUCCACACCGAGGUGUACCCUGAUGGCUGGACGGAGCACCGAAUCUUUGUGAAGGGCACCGACAAGCCAGGACUCAGCAUGAGCAGAAGCAUCGGUGAUCAGAUUGUGAAGCCCAUCGGUGUCAUGCCGACGCCAGAGGUCAGGAAAGUGGAGAUCCGCAGGGAGGAUGAACCAUUCAUGGUACUCGCCUCGGACGGCGUGUGGGAGUUUCUCACCUCGGACACUCGGCGAAAACUUCCUAUUAAGUCACUAAUUGCCAAUACUCCCCAGAUUCCCUAG